GUUUCGACGCAACCAGUAGCUUUUCUAUGCUUUUGAGUCCUUAAACUCAUGCUCCCUACCUCACUAGGCAUACAAACUGACCGGCCUCGACAACGGCAGUCGUACUGUGGCCCAAGAAAGAUGGUCGGCGCUCGACGGACCGCGUCGUCACGGUCACGUAGAGAUCAGACGCCCGGCGCGAAAAAAAACGGUGCGUUCAGUCUUCUCAUUAGAAGCCAGUGGCGCGAGCGAUCCGUCGAGUCUUGCCUCCGAGUGAAUCCACAUCCACAUCCUCCGCGCCCAUCCUCGUCCCCAUCCUCCUCCAAGACCCCGGACACUGAUACCAUCGCACGCGACUCACUAGCACCCAACAUACUCAAAGCAAGACCCCCAUCCACCAGAAAUUUGUAUUCCACAAAGCUUCCUUCCUUCCAGGUUAGGCCUAGCAGUCUAAAAGCAGCAUGAGAACGCGAGAACGACUCGGAUAAGUCGCACUAAGUGGCCCUGGACCGGCCCGCGAAG